AUGAAGAAUGUUCCUUUUCGUGAGCCGAUUGGAGGUUUGCAGUUUAUUUCGCAGCGCACAAGGCCAAACAUCAGCCAUGCAGUUAGCAUAGUUAGCUCUUUCUGUAGCGAUCCGGGGUUGCCACACUGGACAGCAGCAAAGCGAAUAUUGCGAUACCUAAAAGGAACUAAAAAUUACAAGUUGACAUACAGGAAGGAUGCGGCAUUCACCGGAUACAGUGAUGCGGAUUGGGGAAACGAUGCCGAGACGAGACUAUCGAUAAGUGGUUACGUAUUUCUUCAGAGGGGAGGAGCAGUUUCAUGGAGCUCGAAGAGGCAAUCUACCGUAGCUUUAUCUACUACCGAAGUAGAAUACAUGGCUUUACCGAUGGCUAGUCAAGAAGCUGUCUGGUGGAUGGGAUUUUUGCGUGAACUAUAUGGCAUCAACGAUUCCCUGGUCAUCAAUUGCGACAACAAAAGUUCGAUUUGUCUUGCCGAGAAAGAGACGGGUUAUCCGGUGAGAACAAAACACAUCGAUUUUAGACACCAUUUUGUUCGCGAGCAAGUAGAGCUGAAAGCAAUUAAGUUCAAGCUUGUGGCUUCCAAUCAGCAGGCUGCCGAUAUCCUGACCAAGGCGUUACGUCUAGAAGAUCGGAAGAUGUUGGGUGUACUACAAAUACCCACUUAA